CACCUCACCGUCGCCCACCACCACACGGACACACGCUGUCACUCUCACCUCACUCACUCAUAAACCUUGAACUGCGAGUCGCCGCCACACACACUCAGGCCGGCGGCGGAGCGCACCAAUCCAAGAAAGCGGCGGCGAUGGCGGAAGGGCGGGGCGGCGUCGUGAACCGGCCGUCGUCUGCGUCGGCGGUGGUGGCGGCCAGGCGGUGCGGCUGCGGGCUGGGGCGCCUGGUGCGCCGUCUCCGGCGGCAGGCGGCGCCGCCGCCGUCGAGCCGGCUCCGCGGGCUGUGCCAGUACGACCCGCGCAGCUACGCCCGCAACUUCGACCACGGCGGCGGCGGCGGCGGGGUGGACGACUCCGACGCCGCCGCGCAGCUCUACUACUACAGCUACACCUUCUCCUCCCGCUUCGUCCUCCCCUCCUCCUCCGCCCGCGCCCUCGCCGCCGGCCGCAGCGCUCCACCCACGGCCACCCAUUAGACCAGCCUUCUUGAUUUUUCAGCUUCUUCUUCUUCUUGACAUCUCCAGCCAGCCAAGCCAUGGCCCAUAGCUGCAUCGAGAAUUAAUGGAAGCAAAGAUUGUGAAUACAUGGCGGAAAUAAACACGCACACAAGAAGUUAGUCCGCGAUAUCAAAGAUCGUAAAUUUCUUCCGUUCAUCCCCCAGAAUGUGCUGCACUGUGCCCAGUGAUUCAGCUGGUGAUGAGCAUGUUCAUCGAGGCUGGUCACUUGGUUGCGUGUGGGUGGGAUGCAGCAGCGAACAUGCCCGGUGCAGUGCAUCGAUCGCAGGAUCAUCAGCUUGACGACGACGACGACGACGACAACGACGCAUGAUUCGUGGAUGUAUGUGAAGCUAGGGAAUAAUAAUAAUGCAUAGACGACCGAUGCAUGUAGCACAAUUAUUGCUCGAAUUCACAGUUUCACCACCUGUAGAUCUCAAUCUUCGGUGGUGUUUAGUUGUCAAAAUUUUUUGGCAAAAAUAUCACAUCAAAAGUUUGACCGAAUAUUAAAAGGGGUUCUCGGACACGAAUGAAAAAACAAAUUUCAGAUUUUGGCUAGAAACGA